GAGAAGCGAGGGGCGGAAGCUCUGUGUGCCGGUGAGCUCCUCGAAUUGAGCGUGCAUCUGGCGCUCACAGGAAAAGGAAGUGUGUGAAGCAAUGUGAAAUAGAACUAGUAAAACUAAGGCUUGCAGCCUCAAAAACACGUGUGGAUAUAUUUAGAAAUAUAGUCAUGUGAUCGCGAAAGUGCGCAGUGAUUGAAUCAUGCGCAUGCCGUUGUCACAGCAGAAACAGAGCAACAGCACAGUACCACAAUAGAGCAAGCUUAAGAUAGCAAAAUCACAAAUUAAAGCACUCUAAAAAGAAAGAAAGCCUUUAUUGGGCAUUAUCACAUACAGUGUAACAACGAAAUUUGUCUUCUGCAUUUAACCCAUCCCCUGGGGGAGCAGUGGGCUGCCAUGCAAGGUGCCCGGGGAGCUAGUGCGAAGUGUCUUACUCAAGUCACAGUUGGUGCUCUGAUGGGGGUUUGAACCUGAGACCUUCCGCUCUACCAUUAUGCACCUCUUAGAUUCACACAGAGCUAUGUUGGGGGACCUCAUCUAUUUAAUCUGUUAUUAACAGAAUUAUUAUUACAGUCCUACAUGGUCAGACAAAGGAGGUACUGCGGCCUGCAUGUAAUGUCUUCAUCCUUAUAGUAGUGAGUGCAGACAAAGAGAUUUCAAAUCUCAGCGCCAAAACCAGGCGCCAGGCUGGGGAGCCAGGUAUGGGUGAGAGGGCUGAGACGUCCGAACUCCCGCUGAUACAAGCGACAAACGGUGGAGGAACUUGGACAUCAGCCAUCCUGAUUGGAUCAAACAAUAGGACGGGCGUGACCGAAAACACGGUUAUAAAAGCUGCCGUGACCAAAGACUUGCCCCUUGUCCUCUUGCCUUCGAGUCCACUGCAGACCUUUCUUCUUUCCGUCCAUCUGGAGCUUCCCUCUGCCCUGACACACCUGGAGCCUCCACCGCAGCCAGCAGAUGAACCAACGUGGACUUUGUCACAGAGAACGGACCUGAUCACCCAUCUACUUCCAGCCACCCAGCAGGAAACCGCCAUCUUAAUCGUCCAACACCCACACCUGGACCGGACCAGACCGCAACAGCGCAAGCACACACGCAAUGCCGAAUCUUCCCGGAAGUCUCGAUAUUCAAGUGGAGGACGUGCGAAUCCGAGCCAUCCUGUCAUCCUACCGUAAGAGAAUUCCAGUGACGGAGGGCUACGUGGAGGUUAAGGAUGGUGGUAAAUGGAAGCAGAUCUGUAAUACAGAAUGGAGCCAUUUCAACAGCAGAGUCAUUUGUGGCAUGUUUGGUUUUCCUGGGGAGAGGAAGUACAAUACCAGAGUCUACAAGAUGUUUGCCCGCAGGAGAAAACCAACGUUUUGGGACUUCUCCAUAAACUGCACUGGCAAAGAAGCUCAUUUAUCCAGCUGUAAACUGGGCCAGGCUACAUCACUGAAGUCCAAUGGGACCUGUGCAGGAGGGCUGCCCGUGGUGGUUAGUUGUGUUCCAGGCAGAGCCUUCGCCCCUGCUCCCAUGACAGGAUUUAGGAAAGCAUUCAGACAAGAGCAGCCGCUGGUGCGUCUUCGUGGUGGGGCCAUUGUAGGCGAGGGCCGAGUGGAGGUGUUGAGAAACAGAGAGUGGGGCACCAUAUGUGACGAUAACUGGAACCUCCUGUCAGCCACCGUGGUGUGUCGGGAGCUGGGCUUUGGUACAGCCAAGGAGGCUCUGUCUGGAGGACGCCUCGGACAAGGUAUGGGCCCAGUGCAUAUGAAUGAGGUUGACUGCUCUGGCUUUGAGAAGUCCAUCACAGAGUGCCUCUUCAACAAAGAAGCCCUUGGCUGCAGCCAUGAGGAGGAUGCUGCUGUCAGAUGUAAUGUACCUGCUAUGGGCUUUCAGGAGAGGCUGCGUCUGAGUGGAGGUCUACGCCCCUACGAGGGCCGUGUAGAGGUGCUGGCAGAGAGAAACGGCUCCCUGGUAUGGGGAACGGUGUGUAGUGAAGGCUGGGGAAUCAUGGAAGCCAUGGUGGUCUGCAGACAGCUGGGCCUGGGCUUUGCCAGCAGUGCUUUACAGGAGACGUGGUACUGGCCAGGCGAAGUGGGUGCAGACACUGUGGUGAUGAGUGGUGUUCGCUGCUCUGGAACUGAGAUGUCUCUAUCCCACUGCCUGCAUAAUGGAGCCCACCUGAGCUGCUCAAGAGGAGGGGGACGCAACACUGCCGGAGUCUCCUGCUCUGAGACGGCUCCUGACCUGGUGUUGAACCCCCAGGUGGUGGAGCAGACCACCUACAUGGAGGACAGGCCCAUGUUCAUGCUGCAGUGUGCCUAUGAGGAGAACUGUCUGGCCUCUACCUCCAGCCAAGUGCCAGCUAACACCUACCGCCGUCUGCUGCGCUUCUCCUCCCAGAUCCACAACAACGGCCAGGCUGACUUCAGGCCCAAAGCCAGCAGAGAGUCCUGGGUGUGGCAUGACUGUCACAGGCAUUAUCACAGCAUGGAGGUGUUUACGCUGUACGACUUGAUCAGCCUCAACGGAACCAAAGUGGCAGAAGGACACAAAGCGAGUUUUUGCCUGGAGGACUCAGAGUGUGAUGAAGGUAUUGAAAAAAGGUAUGAGUGUGCUAACUUUGGAGACCAGGGCAUUACUGUGGGCUGCUGGGACACCUACAGACAUGACAUUGACUGCCAGUGGGUUGACAUAACCGACGUGAAGCCUGGAGAUUACAUCUUCCAGAUAGUAAUUAAUCCAAAUUAUGAAGUUCCGGAGUCGGACUACACUAAUAACAUUGUGAAAUGCAGAUGUCGAUAUGACGGCCAUCGCGUUUGGAUGUACGGCUGCCAUAACGGUGGCUCAUUAAGCAUUGAAACAGAACAGACAUUCCCAGGCCUCCUCAACAACCAAGUGACCCACAGGUAAAGAGGAGUCAAGUGGCUGCCAGCCACUGCUCAUCCGCAUCAGUGGAGCCUCCUUCAUCCAGCCUUUCUCCUGUCAGACCGUGUGGCAGUAGCUUCCUCUGUACCUACCAUACAGCUUUACAGUUCUCUAGUUCAGUAUAUUCAUAGUGCCACCCUAGCUCUAAUCCUAACCACUGAUGACCACCACUCUAUCACAGUACGUAUCUCAUAUACAUGUCAUGUAACAUCAAACACCUUAUUUAUCCAAUUAAAAGUUAAAAACGCCUGAUUCAGCUACAAGACACACAACAGCAACUUAAAGGUAGGAACAAUCUUUGUUUAACCAUCGGAGAUGUUGAUGAUAUCUGUCUGCAAGUAUGAAGGUCACAUUUCAUCAACCAUCUACUAUUUAGCAGCAGUGGUUUUGCAAAGUUGUUUAAGCCAAAAAUAAAAUAUGUGCAAAGUUAUUUUUUACUUGCGCAUAUUUUAAAUACCAUUUCAGAAACCAGAUAUUCACACUCACUCAAUUCAUACACUCUAGUGCAGGGAUGGGCAAACUUACUCCUUAAGGGCCACUGUCCUGCUGCUUUUCCAACUAUCCCAACUACCUGUUACCACUGAUUACCUCAAUCAGUCAAUGUUCAGUUAAUCAGCAGCUGAAAAAGCUAACUGACACACCCGAUGAAGGUGAUCAGGAGGAAGAGUUGGAAAACCAGCCGGGACACUGGCCCUCGAGGACCAGGAUUGCCCACCCCUGCGCUAGAGAAUUUAGCUAUUGGAGAAUGAUGAUAUUCAUAAAACUCCUUUUUCUCUUCGGAAUGUGGCAGGACUUUGUUUCCUUUCUAGUCCAGGACCUGAGUCCUUUGUGCUGUUACAAAUGUCCAUGUUCAUUCCACCCAUUUUGUUUUAACUGCCAUCCGUUGCCAUUAAUUUAGAGCCGUGCGUUUACUCUGUGUGACUCACUGUACAUGGCCUUUGUCUAGCUUUGAAGCUAACGUUCCUGGAAGCCAAGCUCCCGGCAUCUCAGCAUUGGUCUGACAGACACCGUUUAGAGGCGUAAAAGAGCAGUUCUGCUGUUCCUCUGUAACUUUCUGUUAUUUUAAUAAGAAACAUUUACUUUACAAACAUGUACUUUAUGACACCUUAUGUGAAAAAUGCAGUAAAUGCUCUGUUCCUGAUGGUUGAACCAAGCUUCAAAGCACCACAUAUCAACAAUAGUAUUUAUUCACCAAACUCUCUUUUUCUCAUUUUAUUGACUAUAAACAAGUUUUGCCAACACACAACCAGCUUUAAAUGACAUCACUGUUAGUGUUACUUUUCCACAAUCACACUGUGUGAAAUAAACAUAAAGACACAAGAGAUCAACUAUUAGUUUUUAAGCAGUUUAUGACCACUCGAUGCAAAAAAACAGGAACUUGUAAAUGGUGCCAUUACUUUUUCCUGCUUGUGCAUUUCCACAAGUGUUUUUGAUGCUAUAGGAAACAGAGCAUUCACCUCCUGUUACAUCACAUCUUCCUGUGACAGAGAGCACAUAAAAUAUCAUAUCUGCAUGUUUAUAGGCCAAACAUGCAAAUAUCCUGUUUUCUGUAUAUGAAAAUUAGAAAAGAACAACAUUAACCUAUUGUCGAUGAUUUGUUUCUUUUUUUUCAUUUUUAAUAUGAAAUUUGCUUAAUAUUUGUGACACCUGUUGUAUUGUACGUGUUAUAAUGGUGCUAUAAUCUGGCCCUCUGUUUUUAGAGGGUACAGUACAUGAUGAACAUUGUGUGUACUAACAGUAUACUUGAACUUAGUGGAAGGACAAUCUGCUUUUAUGUGUUUAAUCAUAAUAAAAAGUUAUGAAGCUGUUCAA